CUACGUGUCGAGACCUCAGUCGUUCGCCGUCAGCCGCUCAGGAUCGAACUGUACAUUUCUCCGUUCGUUGUUGCCCAACCUUUAAUUCGCGACCAACCUUUUGCAUAUUUGUUGUCAACAUGUCCAACAUCCGAGCCACCAAAUCCGGUUUCGCUGCCGAAGCUCAGGCCAAGAUCAUGAGCAAAUACAGCGAGGAGCAUGCCCAGGAGGUUCUCGAAUGGAUCCGUGAGUUGACAGGCGAACCUGACAACACAUCCGGGGAUCCCGAUAACAUUUACCAGCAUUUGCGCGACGGAACACUCUUGUGCAAAUUGGCCAAUGUUAUGCAGCCAGGCAUCAUCAAGCGCGUCCAAGAGAGCAAAAUGGCUUUCAAGUGCAUGGAAAAUAUCAACUCUUUCCUGGAAGCCGCCAAGACUUUUGGCGUGCCAUCUCAGGAGCUCUUCCAGACCGUCGAUCUGUGGGAGAGGCAGAAUCUCAAUGCUGUCGUCAUCUGCCUCCAGGCUCUCGGUCGCAAGGCUUCCAAGUACGGUCAGCCGUCGAUUGGACCCAAAGAGGCUGAGAAGAAUGCCCGUCAGUUCUCUGAGGAGCAAUUGAGGGCCGGAGACACUGUCAUCUCCCUCCAGUACGGAUCCAACAAGGGAGCCAACCAGAGUGGACUUAACUUCGGCAAUACCCGACACAUGUAAGAACCCGUGUUGCUAUUUCCCUGAACGAAAAAGAUGGUGUCUGCUGAUAUCAAGAACGGGGGAAAAAGAAUAGCCAACGAAAUCCAGCAUCACUGUCCAAACAAACAAAAACAAUUUAAUAAAUAAAUUAAAAUAAAAAAUUGAAUGGGACGAAACUAAAGCAGUUGAAAUUCCGUAAAAUUACGCACACCCUAUUCGCUAUUAGCCUCUUCUUUGGCGCAAAAAUUAUUAUUUUUUUUUUUUUCAGAUGAAGGUAAAAUGAAAAGCACGAAUGUAUUGUUGUUAUGACGUUGUCGCUGGACAUUCCAACAGCAUUCCAAGGAAAAUGUUCUUUAACACGACUCCUUUCCCAAUAAUAUAUUGUGGCAAUGAUUGUACCCGAAAUUAUACAGAGCUUCCCUGUAUUUAUUUUUGAUUAUAUUUAUGACUGAACCUUCCAUACCCGGUCAUAAAAAAAUGGUACGAUAAUCGGUAUUUCGCUUAGACUGCAUAUGCUAUAGCUAUAGUUGAAAUGAAUGGAUGAUUGGAUUGAAUCAGUUGUUGGUUAUGGAACUUGAUGAAUUGAAACUUAUUGAAAAAAAAAGGCUUGUCAAUUUC